AUGAUCUAUAGGACAGACUGUACUUCAACCUCAGCUCACGCAUGAAGUGCUGGUACGAGGGAUGUCUUUUAAGUUUUGCAUGUGGAAAUAAAACAACACGGUAGGUAGUAUUAAAUGACUUGUUUUUCGAAGUAUUCUCCACGAAGAUUAAUACACAUCUGCAUGCGCUCGAACCAAUUUUCGAAGCACUUAUUCCACUCGUUUGCUGGCAGAUCCAAAACGGCAUUUUUAAAUACUCUGUUUUUAAUUUUCGGGAAAAUCGGGACUAUAUGGAGGAUGGCCCAAUAAUUCCACAUUUUCUUCCGUUAAAUACUGCCUUGUUUUUUGGGCUGUGUGCGAGCUUGCAUUGUCUUGUUGGAGGAUGAUUCUUCUUUCGGGGUUGAUUUUUCGAAGCUCGGUGAUGACUUUUGGCAAACAAAUGGCGGUAUACCAAUCCGCAGUAACAGUUCUUU